UCAUUUCUUUGCUCUGUUUCCCUUUUUAGGAAGUAUUACGUAAAAGAAGUCUACAAAGUGAUACAAAAAUCAGACCCCGGAAAUGGCGAUCGGUUUUUGUUGGACCUUGAACUUGGUUUAAUGCAUGACCCAUUGAAUCGAUCAAUUCGCUUUGCACAACACGUGUACCAGAGAAAAGGAAGUGAUAUAUUGUGCCUUCCUGAAGGAAUGAACUGGAACAGCAGCGCCACAGUGUAUUUUAUCGUCACCGUCAAGGAUCAAGGACUAUGGGUACAUCAUUUCCUUAAACAGCUCACUAUUGCGAGCUUAUUAACCAGUGACACGAACUUUCACGUCAUAAUCGCUGAUUUUCAAAGUAAAGAUAUUAACAUGAGCGAGGCGUUUAGUACAUCACUACUCCGAAGUAGGCAUACUAUCAUUAAUUUAACGGGAAAUUUUUACAAGACUCUUGCCUUAAACAAAGCAGCCGAAGCAGUGCCUAAUGCGCAUGACAUACUUUUCGUGUUUGACCUUCACAUAGAUGUACCUGCAGACAUCAUGGACAGCGUUCGAAAGGUUAUGAUAAAUUAUCGUUCUAUUCAUGAAACUAGACUGUUCAAAGUACCCUAUUUUUUUUUUGUAGGAUCGCCAGGAUCUAGCGCUCACCAGUACGGGCGAUACCGGUGAUUGGGGGCUCCUGUCAUUGGUUAAAAGUCUACACUCACAUCAGUUAACUUUGGAAAUCAGCGCAACCUAAAGAUUAGUUAUCUGAUAGCAGAUUAACUAAUCUGUAGGUUGCUUGCGCAAUAUAUACAUGAUUUCCAAAAAAAGUGUCAAACUGUGUUCCGUGCGACCGUGUGUUUGUCGUUAUUUUAUUCUAAGACGUCUUCUAGCUAAAAAAAAAUGUUAAAGAAUUCAUCUUUCUGACUACCGAAAUGACGAUUUUAGUCACUCUGCUGCGCCCAAAUCGCCCGUUUUCUUUAUUAUUAUGCCGCUUUCUUGGCACAUUCAUGCCUGAUUGGCCCACCUCAAUGGCUCAUUGAUAUGCGUAAAUGUCCGACCUUUCGGCUUCCGAUGAUAAAAAAUUGGGCCUUUGUGAUAUCCGGAAUACUCAAGUUCGAGGCAGGUGAUAUCAUCUGAGACUCGCCUUCAGCUGAUUAGACACUAACCUCGACCUAGAUUAUUCCGCAGAAACCUCAUCCAAUAAUGAUAUAAAUUAUUCAUAAUUAUUUGACUCCCCUUUUCCUUCAUGAAGCGUAAGUAAACUACAACUAUAAAUAUCAGCCACAAAACUAAUGCGUAGUGAAAGAUCACGGUUUUUACUGCACUGAGAAACGGAGAAAGGCUUCUGAUAAAAAGCAAGAUUAAAAAAAAUGAAAUCAAUAUCUCUGAUCUCUCCUUCUCCUUAGAACACCAUUGCUGGUCGUAUGGUUUAUUGUCCAGCGGUCGGCCGCCUGGAUCAAGGAAGUAAUUCUGUGGAACAUCGAGGUUUCUGGCAAAUGGAUGGGUACGGACUAGUGGCGAUGUAUAAAUCAGAUUGGAUAAGAGUUGGAGGUAAGACUAAAAGAAUUUAUCCUUUGCCGAAACUUUAAGGGUAAAGUAUUUGCUAGCACAAGUAAGCUUUGUCUAGGGCAAGAAGAUGCAUUCGCCUAAAUUGCCGCUUUAGAAACAAACAGGAAAUAGGCCGAGUCAGGAGCCUAUUACCCCUGGCCGAGUUAACUUUCGCAAAGACAUCUGGGACUGUUACUGGGGACAGAAAUUGGCCAAUAGCUGACUGGCGCGUCCAUAGUAACAAUCCCAGAAACAAUUGCGGGACUCUUUGGGUCCAGUUCUCUUCUCAUUUCAAGGUGGCGAAUGUGCUCUAGGGGGUUGCCAUCCAAAGGCAGGAGGGAGGGGGCGGGGGAAACGGACAGGAGGGAGGGUUAGGUCGUACUGCGUCAUAAAGGUUCUGAUCUAACUUCGACGAUGUUGGAGUCAGAAGAUUUUUCCACCUCUAGGGCCUCUUUUUGUCUCGCUUUUGCGCUCAACUGAAAAUAACAAUGACGAAUUAUGGAAUAUCGCUUUCAUGAAAAGAUACCGCGCCAGUCUACUGGACGCAUCUGUCCUGUUUCCGUGUCACGCCUCAAACAUUUGUUUUUUUUCUUGUUUUUACUUCGCAUUUACGCUUAAUUAGGAAUGAACACUAACGACUACACAGACAAGUGGGGAGGAGAAGACUGGGAUCUACUCGACCGCGUGUUAAUGGCGUCGCUUGAAGUAGAGCGAAUCAAGUACCCAGGUCUCUACCAUCACUACCACCCCAAACAAAAACAGUGGAAUUAG